UAAACGGGAGACGAGACAAACGUAUGUUUUGUCUGUUAUUCAAAAUGUACUGACUUUUACUGAAGUUUUACUCGUAAGUGCGAUUUACGUUGCGUUUUAAUCCCACUUGAAUUUGGAGGUUAACCGCAAGUCGAAGUUUACGGUUUACUCGAUUCAUCUUAAUAUCUGAUUUAAAUAUACCAUUUGCCAAAAUUUGGUAACCUGGAAAUUAUUCAGUUUACUGCGUUGGAUACAAGCAGCACGGGAUAGCAAUAAAAGACCAAUGUGCAAUAACAAGUGCUUUAACUUCAACCAGUAAUAUCGCACAUUGUGAUCUAUUCGACGAACCAUGUUUAAGAGUAAGUCGCAUCAUACCGACGCAGACUUUAUAAGGAUAAAGACGAAGUUUCAUGAAGAUAUCAUACGAUUUUCUAUGAAACGUAAUGAGCCGGCCAGUUAUGAAGAAUUUAGAAAUUGUCUUGCGGAGAAGCACGAUAUAAGAAGCAAUUCAAACUUUCUCAUUUGGUAUACUGACCCUAUGAACGGAGAUCUCUUACCUAUUAAUAAUGAGAACAAUUUCGCCAGAGCGCAAAUGACGGCUAAGUCUUUGUUAAGAAUUUUUAUUCACAGUACAGCCCGUAGUGUGGAAGAAGUAAAUGGUUGCAAUACAAUGAAAUCAAGAAAUCUUAUUUCGAGUAUUUUACACGGAACUCCUGGAAAAUUAAAAAAUCUUCAAAUAUCUCAACCGCAUAACUUCCGUCAGGUUUCUGCGAUAAUCGAUGUUGAUAUUUUACCAGAAACCUGCCGACGUGUGCGACUCAUGAAACACGGUUCGGAUAAGCCGCUGGGAUUCUAUAUAAAGGAAGGAGAGAGCUUUCGAGUUUUACCUAUUUCAGCAGGUGGGGGAUUGGAGAAAAUUCCAGCAGUAUUCAUCAGUCGAGUUAUUCCGGGAGGCUUGGCAGAAAGUUCAGGCUUGCUCGCAGUGAAUGAUGAAGUUUUAGAAGUUAAUGGUAUAGAAGUCGCAGGGAAAACUCUGGAUCAGGUAACUGAUAUGAUGAUUGCCAAUGCCUCUAAUUUAAUAAUAACGGUGAAACCAGCAAAUCAACGAAGUGCAUUACGGUCUCGUCAAACACGCUCAUUGUUAUGUAAUAGUCCAGUAUCAUCGUACAGUCAACAAUCUAUGCAGAGUGCCAGCACAAGCAGUGACGAUGAAGCUGAUGAUGUUGUCGAUUUGACUAGUGUCACUCAUCGUAACAGUACAUCAAAGGACUCGCACACUUCCCAUCUAUGCCAAAUGGAAAAUCGUCGCAGUCAUUUUAUGCAUGACCAAGGUAUGCUGCACUUUUAAUAUAAAGGUUCGGCAGGAUUCCAUUUAUAAAGGUGCUUAAUAUGGUAUAGUUGUUCGAUGCAUUUUUCCUGUAGGUGAUUAAGCACAGGAGUACUUAAUAUUUAGAUACUAUAGGUACGUACUUAAUAGCAUUUCCUUUAAGUGCCAAGUACAAAGAGCGUUACACUUAGGACACUUGCUAAACACAUUGCGAAGAUAAAAUUCCUGUAAAUGUAAUACUAUUCUGAUCAAUUGUAAUCUUCCGCGGUGAAGUAACUUGAAGAAAAGAGAAACAGAAAUGACCAGCUACGAGAGAAUUGGUAUUCUUCGUGUCACUAAGUAAUUCUCUUGUAAAUGUAACGCACGCAAUUUCUCAUGUAACAUACGUGCAUUAUGAUGUGAAUAUUUUGAUACAACUGCGCUGUUCGAAGGUUAAUAUUAAUGAACGGCAAAAUUGCAGUUAACAAAUACGAGGUGUUUGAUAAGCAUAACGCUUUAUCUUUCCACUGUCGUCUGAAAGCACGCUAUUUUCGUAUUUUUAUAUAGACUCUUUAUUUUUAAAAGGAAUUAUAUUUUCAUGUAUAGUGCCAGUUUUCUUUUUAUACAACAUUUAUGAGCGUUUAAGUAGGUAUUAGUUUACGUUUAACAGUGAAUUAACGCGGUCGAUAAAAGCACGCUUUUAAUUCUUAUUUUUAAAGGUAGAUGUGGAGAAGUGAGAAAAGAUAGGGAAUGCCAGUAAAGCCUUUUCGUGAUAAUGAUUAUUUUAUAUACUGUAACGUUAAGUAUAUAGACAUUCAAUUCUUUACUAGUCCUGCGUGCAUCUUAAUUGUUUUAUCAACAUUUCUCGUUUAAAGUUCACACUUUUAUCUGUAUUUUACUACCUGUACAUUGUCACCCUUUAAGGUGAUAUGAAAGCCUUUCAUAUCACCUUAAGACGUCUUGAGUUUCCUGUGUGAAACUAUUGUAUUCCAAGAGCGACUCUUUCAACCAAAUACUGCGAUUAGUGAGUAGAACAUCUUUAGAGUGUUCAUCCUUAAGACCAAAAAUGUCGAAUUUUUUUAAGGUAUUUGUACUUUUUCACCGAUAAAAUAACGCGAAAACAUAGGCUAGUAAUAAUGUAAUGAAAUUUGAAAUCAAAGAUACUUGCCGUAGGACCCUAUUUAUCCGGUUAAAUAAAUCAUGUCACUAAGACUGACGCAAAGACUUAUCUAGAUGUAUCAACAAUAAUUAGGUAGAGUCAUCAAGGGAUCGAUCCAGCUAAUCGAUAGCUCAGGCACCAUCCUUGGGAUUUAGGUGUACUAUUAUUGUAUCUUGUAUCCGGAGAGAAGCAUCGAAAUAAAAAAAAAAGUAUAUUCGUA